UUUUUUUUUUUUGAUAAAUAUUUUCUUCAUCUUUUACUUCUCUCUCUGCACAUUAAACCUCAAAAACACUUCCAUUUUCUCUAGCUAAACUCCACAGAGGAUUAUUGAAAAUGAGAGUUGCAGUGAUAGGAGGAGGAGUGAGUGGACUGGUUGCGGCUUAUGUUAUUGCAAAAGCUGGAGGUGAAGUAGUUGUGUACGAGAAAGAAGAUGAACUCGGUGGCCAUGCUAAAACUGUCUGCUUUAAUGGCCUUGAUUUAGACCUUGGUUUCAUGGUUUUCAAUCGGGUAACAUAUCCAAAUAUGAUGGAGUUUUUCGAGACUCUGGGAAUAGAUAUGGAGUUAUCAGACAUGUCAUUCUCAGUUAGCUUAGACAAUGGCAAAGGUUAUGAAUGGGGUAGCAGAAAUGGCCUGUCAGGUUUGUUUGCACAGAAGUCUAAUGUUCUCGACCGAUCCUUUUGGCAAAUGAUUCGUGAAAUUGUCAAGUUUAAGGAUGAUGUCCUCAGUUAUCUUGAGAACUUGGAGAAUAAUCCUGACGUUGACAGAAAUGAAACAUUGGGGAAUUUUAUUAAGUCGAGAGGCUAUUCUGAGCUAUUUCAGAAAGCUUAUCUUGUUCCAAUGUGCGGUUCAAUAUGGUCCUGUCCAUCAGAAAAAGUUAUGAGCUUUUCUGCUUACUCUAUUCUCUCAUUUUGCCGUAAUCAUCAUCUUCUUCAGGUUUUUGGCCGUCCACAGUGGCUUACUGUUAAAUCUAGAUCACAUAUUUAUGUCAACAAGGUCAGAGAAAUGCUCGAAAGCUGGGGUUCCGUGAUAAGAACUGGCUGUGAGGUACAGUCUGUUUCCACCGAUGGAGAGGGUUGCAGAGUGUUAUGCAGAGAUGGUUCUGAAGAACAAUAUAACGGGUGCAUAUUUGCGGUUCAUGCCCCGGAUGCCUUGAAAAUCUUAGGAGAUGAAGCGACAUUUGAUGAAAAAAGAUUACUUGGUGCUUUCCAGUAUAUGUACAGUGAAAUCUUCCUUCACCGUGAUACAAAAUUGAUGCCUCGAAAUCGAGCAGCCUGGAGUGCCUGGAAUUUCUUAGGAACCGAUAAUAACAAAAUAUGCCUUACAUACUGGCUCAAUGUGUUGCAGAAUCUUGGUGAAACGAGUCAACCUUAUCUUGUAACACUCAAUCCUGAUCAUACACCAGACAAUACCUUAAUAAAAUGGUCAACCGGCCAUCCUGUCCCGUCUGUAGCUGCUACAAAAGCUUCGCUCGAGCUUGAACAUAUUCAAGGCAAGAGAGGACUUUGGUUUUGUGGAGCAUAUCAGGGUUACGGUUUCCAUGAGGAUGGAUUGAAGUCUGGCAUGGUUGCUGCACAUGGUUUGCUCGGAAAACGUUGCGAGAUUUUGAGCAAUCCGAAACAUAUGGUUCCUUCUUUGUUAGAAAUUGGGGCGCGCCUUUGCGUAACUAGAUUUCUUAGCCAAUACAUCUCUACUGGCUGUUUAACUUUAAUCGAAGAAGGAGGCACAAUGUUUACGUUUGAGGGAACUGCGAAAAAGUGUUUUUAUAAAUCUAUUCUGAAAAUUCACAAUCCCCAAUUUUACUGGAAAAUUAUGACACAGGCUGAUUUAGGCCUAGCAGAUGCAUAUAUCCAUGGUGAUUUUUCAUUUGUAGACAAAGAUGAAGGUCUUCUAAAUCUUUUCAUGGUUCUCAUUUCCAAUCGAGAUGCUACGAAGUCCGCAUCUGGACUGAAUAAGAAAAAGGGUUGGUGGACACCAAUGCUAUUCACUGCUAGUAUUGCUUCUGCAAAAUUUUUCCUUCGGCAUGUUUCGAGACAGAAUACUCUUACACAAGCUCGCAGGAAUAUCUCUCGUCAUUAUGACUUGAGUAACGAUCUUUUCGCUCUGUUCCUGGAUGAAACAAUGACAUACUCCUCUGCAAUAUUUAAGACAGAGGAUGAAGACUUGAAAGCUGCACAGAUGAGAAAAAUUUCACUUCUGAUUGAUAAAGCAAGAAUCACUAAGGAUCAUGAAAUUCUUGAGAUUGGUUGCGGUUGGGGAACCUUGGCAAUGGAAGCUGUUAGACGAACCGGUUGCAGAUACACAGGCAUCACUCUAUCAGAAGAGCAACUAAAAUUUGCAGAACAAAGAGUGAAGGAAGCUGGUCUUCAGGAUCGUAUCAGGUUUCUACUGUGCGACUAUCGCCAACUGCCUGAAAACGUCAAAUAUGAUAGAAUCAUCUCCUGCGAAAUGAUGGAAGCUAUAGGACAUGAAUACAUGGAAGAGUUCUUUGGUUGCUGUGAAUCAGCAUUAGCUGAAGAUGGCAUAAUUGUAGUUCAGUUUAUAUCAAUACCAGAAGAGAGGUAUGAUGAAUACAGGAAAAGUUCAGAUUUUAUAAAGGAAUAUAUAUUCCCCGGCGGAUGUUUACCGUCAUUAACAAGGGUCACAUCCGCCAUGGCUGUUUCUACAAGACUCUGUGUGGAGCAUGUGGAAAAUAUAGGACUUCAUUACUAUCAAACACUUAGAUACUGGAGGAAAACUUUCUUGGAGAAUCAAAGUAAAAUUAUGGCACUGGGAUUCAAUGAAGAGUUCAUAAGAACAUGGGAGUAUUAUUUUGAUUAUUGUGCAGCUGGAUUUAAGACGCUUACACUUGGAAAUUAUCAGGUUGUUCUUUCAAGGCCUGGAAAUAUUGCUGCUUUGGGGAAUCCAUAUAAAGAAAUUCGUGCAGCUUCUUGAUUGAUUUAUGUUUCUCUUAUUUUACUUAUAUUAAGUGGGUUAUAUUUUUAGUUUGAUUAGUUACUUUUUAUCGAUCGGUUUGCUUGUAUCCAUACAAUAAAAUUUGAUUCUCAAAUCCUUGAGCUUUGUAAUUGGAUUUUUGUAUCUCAAAUCAAAUACUAAUAAGAAGCCAACCAUUGAAUUA